GUCUGUAUAACUGAUUGUUUCUUAAACAUGAUUUUUUCCUCUUUUAUUUCAGCCGUCUGUGUACAUUUUCCCUUCCCUCCGCAUAUUCCCAAUUUUCCUUCCCCAAAUUCUGAGUUUCCCUCCCCUUGUAGACCUAAGUGUUUCCAUCUCCCUCCUAAAUCUCCAAAAUUUGGAAUCGAUUUUCCUAAAACUCAAAAACCCAUUCGAACCUAACUGGAAAAUUCAAAAGCUCGACUCUAAUCCAUCAACGACAGGAGGUCAGUAGGUGAGUUUGUGUUGAUUUCAACUGAUUUCUUCCUAAUCCUCUGCAUUUCUUCUAUAUUCAUGGUUUGAUUUCGUUCAAGAGACAAGUAUUUGGGUUGAUUUCAUCCUCUUGCUAGCUUCCAAUUCCCCCGAAUUACACUCUCUAACUUGAGUUUCUCAUCCACUUUUUUCCUGUAUCAAAAUCAAGUACAACUUUAGGGUUUUUGAGAUUUGUAAAUCUAUCUCUAAUUUUAUGCCAAGCUUUGGGUUCUCCUGUAAUUUUGAUUUGAUUUGAUGUAUAGGAGGUUUCCAGCGGAGGAGAGGCAGUGGCGUGCUGCUUGGCUAAGUGAAAAUGAGGCUUCUGUUAAGGAUUUGGUGGCAAAAAGGCAGUGGCAUUAUUGAGAGAAGAAGAAGGUGACUGAUUUGGCCUUGUAAUUUUGCUUUCCUUUGUUGAUCCUGGUUAGCAGUUGUGGUAGAGCCAUUGGAAUUGUGAGUGUUGAUUCUGAAUUGGAGGUACAUUGUAAAAAGUCCUAGCUGCAUUAAAUCAUCGUGCGAGUUGGAAUACCAUGAGAAGAUCUUGGAAGACACACUACAAGUUGUCCAUAUGCACAAGGCAAGAUCUAUGGUUAAUCAUAAAUCUUCUGCAAUUUGUAUAGCUUUCUUGUAUUCUUACUGCCACUUCUAAUAUUAUAGGAAGCUUUAAAAGCACAUAACAGCAUCCUUCUAACUUUGGACGCUAACAACCUUUGCAAUAAUUGAAAGAGUUCCAAGCAAAUGGCCACGUCGUGUAUGGCAUCCUCCAUGGAAGAACUGCAGGGUAAGAAGCUUGUACUUUAUGAUAGGGUGGAUGGUAAAAGAAUUGUUUGGGUAUUUUCUAAGUGUGAUAGUCAUAGCUAGUUGAAUAAUAAGUUUUGUUGAUC